UCCCCCGUCUUGGAGACUGUAGGCAUUCCCUUCCUACCGCCUUUCCCUUCGCGAAGUCAGAGGAUAUCCCCAUUCCCAGUCCCUCCCUCUCGGAAGCACCUUCCUCCAGCCCCUCUGGUGGAGCCCCGACCCUGCAGCCAGCCACGCUUCAGAGGACAACAGAAGAGCUUCCCGGCAGGCGAGGCAAAGAGGGAAAGCAGCCAACAUGUCGAACGAAGCAUAUAAUAAGAUGUGGCAUCAGACCCAAGAAGCCCUCAAUUCUUUGCUUGAUAAAGAAUCUCAGAAGAUGAUGGAACCACAAAGGAAUCAAGUGUUCAUCUUCCAGAUGUUAGCCACCUUCUACAUAAAAUACGUGCAGAUCUUCAGAAACCUGGAGAAUGUCUAUGACCAGAUAGUCCACCCACAGAAACGCAUUCUGAUCCGAAAAAUCCUGGAUGCAGUGAUGGGUCGCAUCCUGGAGCUGAAGAAUGAGAUGGUUGAGUUGGAUUUUACUGAGUUCCAUUACUUUGAUGAUAUCUUACAGGAUCUAAAGUUGGCGCCUCAACAGUUAGAUAUCCCCAUACCCAAGUAUUUUUUGAAGGAGAAGCUGGAAAUCAUAAAAGGAAGAGAGAAAAUCCUUUCUCAGAUAUUAGCAGAAAGUGAAUUAGGUGUAUCUGCAAAGAAAUACCAAGUAAAGCCUAUCCCCCUAGAAGAGGCUGUUAAAUUGAUCCAGAUGGCCGAGAGGGCGCGGCAAGGGCGUCUGAGAGCCAUGUUCAUGAAGCAGAUCUACCUGCAGGAAUACAGAGCCAAGCAAGCCAGGUUACUCGGCGAUAAAGUGGCAGAUGCAGGCGCCGCUGCGCUGAGAAUCCAGAAGGUUUGGCGAAGUUUCCAUCAGUGCAAGAGGACUGAAAGAGAGAGAGAAGAGGAGAUGAUAUUUCUGGGUAUGAAUCCACCUCCUUUGUUGAAUGAAGUCAGUGCUGCAGUAAUCCAGGCUGACAGGCUGUCCCACCUGAGGAAUAAGGUGCAGAUAAAGCAUGAAGAGGAAUACAGAGACGCCUUAGUCACGAUCAAGGAUGACUUGAAACUCACAGAGGGUCCUGACAUCAAGGAGAACCUUCAGGAUCAGAUCCGUCAUUGGUUCAUCGAAUGCAGGAACUUAACAGGCACUUUUCCUGACUACCCUAAUGAAGAAGAAGGAGGUUCCGCUAUUAUUUUUUCCAACAAGACCCCACAACAGGUUCUUGACGAUAUUCUUGCAAGCCAAGAUGAAGAGGAGAAAAUCAAAAAGAAGAAAAAGGAAAAGAAACAAAAAAAGGAAAAGAAAGAAAAGGAAACAAAAGAGACAAAGGAAAAAAAUAAGGAAGAAGAUGAGAUGUGGAAAAUGUCACCGAGUGUCUUCCUUCAUACGAUGGAGGAAGGAAAUAACGUCUACAAAGACCUGUGGAAGAAUAAAGACGAAUCGUGGAAUUUCCCCCAGGACUAUGACCCUGAACUGAUCAAGGAGGACAAACGUAAGGAACUGGAGUCGGAGAUCAGAGUGCAGGUUGAUGAGCUGAUGAGACAGGAACUAAAAAACUUAAAACUAGCUGUGAACAGAGAGAAGGAACUAUCAGUCAGACCAGGAAAGAAGAAAGGAGGUAAAAAGAAAAAUAAAAAGAAGAAAGGCAGAAAAGGGAAGAAGGAUAAAGACCUGACGGUGGAUAGGACCAUUGAGUCUCUGUAUAAGGAACUCGUGGAAGAAGGCUUGCUGAUCCGGGCACUGAAAGUCAACCUCUCAGAUUACAUUGGUGAGUACAGCUACCUGGGCACGAGCCUUCGCCAGGUGUCCAUAGAACCCAUGCCUUCCCUCCUGGAUGUCCGACAGCUCAUCACCCUGUACGGGAUCCUGCCACUAGGUUCUGCAGCUGUGCACGAGAAAGCCCCUUUGGUGAAGUCCCUGCUAUUGGCCGGACCAUCUGGGGUGGGGAAGAAGAUGCUGGUCCAUGCCAUCUGUACUGAAACGGGAGCCAACCUCUUCAACCUGUCUGCCGCCAACAUCACCGGGAAAUACCCAGGCAAGAAUGGCCUCCAGAUGAUGCUGCAUGUGGUCUUCAAGGUGGCCCGCAAGCUCCAGCCCUCCGUGGUGUGGAUCGGAGACACCGAGAAAACCUUCUACAAAAAAGUGCCCCACGCGGAAAGGAAGAUGGAACCUAAGCGUCUGAAAAAGCAGCUUCCCAAAAUGCUGAAACUCCUGAAACCAGACGACAGGAUUCUGAUUGUGGGGACCACAAAGCGACCUUUUGAUGCCGAACUUCAAUCUUUCUGCAAAGUUUACCAAAAAAUUAUUUUGGUUCCCAGACCAGACUACGCUUCCAGAUAUGUUCUGUGGAAGGAGAUCAUUCAGCGACACGGCGGUGUCAUCACAGACACUCUGAGUGUCAGUUGCCUGGCGAAAAUCACUGACGGCUUCACACAGGGACACAUUGUCCGAGUGGUGAAGGAGGUGCUCACGGAGCGGAGAAUCCGCCAGCAGCCCAACAAGCCACUCACCGCCCUCGAGUUCAUCGCCUCUCUCACCAGCAUGAAUCCCGUCUACCAGGAGGAAGAAGACAGCUUUAAGAACUGGUACGCCAAGACCCCUAUGGGUAGAAAGCGAGCCUUGGCAUUAACAGGAGGUAACAAAGAAAAUGAAAAGGACAAAGGAAAAAAGGAGAAGAAAGGGAAAAAGGAGAAAAAGAAAAAGUAA